AUGCCAAGAGCUAGACGUGGUGCAUUGAUACAGUGUGAUCCUUCCAUAAAAGCCUUGAUUAUACAAAUAGAUGCUCAACGAAGUGAUAUCAUACUUGAGGAGCUAGAUGAUACGCAUUUACUGGUAGAUCCAUCUAAAGUUGAAUUUAUCAAACAGGAACUGAACAGGCUGCUAUCCAAGAACAUAUAUAAUCCGGUAGAUGAAGAAGAGAAUGAAUGA